UCAUCUGCAACUGCUAAAUUCUGCCUGGGAAUCAGACAAAGUCUGCAUGGGAAGUGAUUUUUCUUGUGUUGAUUCCCCAAAAUAUAGUUCAACAUAAGUAAUAUCAGUGUUUCACGUCACAAUGAUAUAUUCAGCGACAAAUUCUGCAAUGCGGCAUCGAGGAGGUAAUUGUGCUUCUUGGGCGUCUGACACGGACAUUAUGUGCCUCUGUGGGUGAUCAAGAGUGAUACUGUGAGAAAAAAGGAUCUGCACAAUAUACUCGCACAAUUGUGACAAUGACUAAUUUAAAUCGAAUACGUGUGGUGGUACUGGGCAGCUCCAAAACAGGGAAGACAGCUGUGACAGUUCGUUACCUGACAAAACGUUACAUCGGUGAAUACAGCUCUACAAGUGAUUUCCUCUAUAGACACACGGUUACAUUUGACAAUGUUACGACAGAGGUCGAAAUAAUGGACACGUCGAAAUGUGCAAAAGCCGGCUGUCUGUACGAGCAUCUGAGAUGGGGAGACGCCUUUGUUGUUGUGUACUCAAUUUGUGAUAAAUCAAGCUUCCUGGAAGCCGAGGAGUAUCUGUCGCAACUGGCUAAGCUCAAGAUGCCCUCCUACUACUACACCACUCUCCUGCUCGGCAAUAAACGUGAUCUAGAUCACACGAGGAAAGUCUCUGUGGACGAUGGACACGAGCUGUCGCUGCAGUACUCCUGCUUGUUCUACGAAGUCUCCGCCGCUGAGAGCUCAGCAGGAGUCUCAUUAGCCUUCCAGUCGGUUCUCCGGGAAGCGCGCUCGGUUCAGCUGCUGAAGACGUUGCCAAUCAGGCGGAAGCUCGGUGUCAACAGCGUCUCGAAGGUUCUGGGAAACAUCUUCGGCAAGAACAGCAGCAAAGACAGAAAAAAGAGGCCUUCGCUGAGCAUUUAGAAACUCAGCGGGAAAGUAAGGAAAAUGCCUAAUG